AUGCAGAUCACGGAAUCAGUUCCUGAACUGUUCACUCCAAUGAGCCUCGAACUGUUGGAGGCUGCAAGGUCGGGCGACACCAACAUACUUGGAACGAGCAUCCCUGACGUCCAUGUGACGGCCGGAGGGAACUCGAUGCUUCACAUCGCAGCCAAGCCGGGACACACCGAUUUCUGCAAUAAAGCCCUCUACCUACAGCCCUUGCUCCUCCAGUUGAAGAACGCACGAGGAGACACUCCAUUGCACAUCGCCGCGAGGGCAGGCCAUCACCAGCUAGUGAAUGACCUCAUCUCUACUGCCUCUGGAAGGAGCGCCCAGGGCGACGACAGAGUGUGUUCACUAGUCCAGAUGGCAAACGACGUUGGUAACACUGUCUUGCACGAGGCGGUACAGAACGGCCAUGAACAGGUCGUCGAUGCACUAAUGGCGAAGGCUCCAGGUGUGUCCGCGGUGACCAACAACGUCAACAGCCUCUCGCCCCUCUUCAUGGCGGUAGAGUGCGAGUCGGUGCCGAUCGUGCGACGAUUACUGGAGGCGGGCGAGGCGUCACGCGACGGACCCAACGGGCAGACAGCAAUGCACUCCGCUGUCUUUGCGAGCUACGGUGAGUAA